GUCGCCAGCUUGCCAAUGCCGUACGCGGGCGGCCGCUCCACAGGCCUACAUCGCACAUGACUCGAUUUACACUCGAAUACAAAUCGAUACAGAUUUGAUCAACUAACCGAAAUCGAGCCGCACGUGUCCGAAAUUAAGUAGAAUCAAAAACAAACAAAUACUGCCGAGCUAAUAACAACGAAGUUUAAAAAUGUUAUACUCUGUGUACGUGUGUGCGUUUCGUAGAUUUUGUUAGUGAUAAAUUAAUUAGUGUGUGUCGAAUUGUUUAACUUCUAUUUAUGUUGUCAAAUACGGAUCAUACAGAAUGAGAGGGACGGAAGCGAUUUUUCUCAUUUUGUUUUUCGGACGACUUUCUGCCCUGCCAGAUACAAUACGAAUAGGUGGCCUCUUCCACCCUGAAGACGAUAAACAAGAAGUAGCGUUUCGCUACGCAGUAGAGAGAGUGAAUGCUGACAGGGCUGUACUACCAAGGGCAAAGUUACUUGCACAGGUUGAGACUAUAUCACCCCAGGACAGCUUCCACGCAUCCAAGAGAGUGUGUCAUUUACUCCGGAGUGGCGUGGCAGCGAUAUUCGGUCCCCAGUCGGCUCCCGCUGCGGCCCACGUGCAGUCCAUAUGUGACACGAUGGAACUGCCCCACUUGGAGACCAGGUGGGACUACAGGACCAGAAGGGAAUCCUGCCUCGUCAACCUUUAUCCCCACCCGGCGGCUCUCAGUCGAGCCUAUGUAGACCUGGUGAGGGCAUGGGGAUGGAAGUCCUUUACUAUAGUUUAUGAGAACAGCGAUGGACUAGUGCGACUACAAGAGUUGCUCAAAGCCCAUGGACCUUCAGAACUGCCGGUCGCAGUGAGACAACUGCCGGAUUCCCAUGAUUACAGGCCUCUGCUGAAGCAAAUAAAGAACUCAGCUGAAUCGCAUAUAGUGCUGGACUGCGCGACGGACCGGAUCCGCGACGUGCUUCAGCAGGCGCAGCAGAUUGGCAUGAUGUCGGACUACCACAGCUAUCUCAUCACCUCGCUGGACCUUCACAGUGUUGACUUAGAGGAGUUCAAAUAUGGUGGCACCAACAUAACAGCUUUAAGGUUACUGGAUCCCGAACGAACUGAUGUCCAAAAAGUCAUAAGAGACUGGGUAUACGAUGAAGCCCGGAAAGGCAGAAAAUUACAGUUGGGCCACACUUCGGCUAAGGAAAAUAUGACCUUUAUAAAGACGGAAACAGCACUAAUGUACGACGCAGUACACCUGUUCGCGAAAGCGUUGCACGACCUCGAUACGUCUCAGCAAAUCGACGUGCGACCACUCUCCUGCGAAGCCGAGGAUACCUGGCCUCACGGGUACAGCCUCAUCAACUACAUGAAGAUCGUUGAAAUGAAAGGCUUAACCGGAGUUAUAAAGUUUGACCAUCAAGGAUUCCGAAGCGAUUUCACUCUAGAUAUAAUUGAACUAACAAGGGACGGUCUUCAAAAGGCGGGAACUUGGAACUCAUCGGAAGGGGUCAAUUACACGAGAUCCUACGGCGAGAACCAAAAACAGAUCGUCGAAAUACUCCAAAAUAAAACGCUCAUCGUCACUACAAUUUUGAGUGCGCCAUAUUGUAUGCGAAAGGAGGCGAGUGAGAAGUUGACUGGGAACGCACAAUUCGAAGGGUACGCCAUUGAUCUGAUUCACGAGAUAUCUAAAAUUCUGGGCUUCAAUUAUACAUUCAAGCUAGCGCCUGACGGUCGAUACGGGUCCUACAACCGAGAGACUAAAGAGUGGGACGGAAUGAUAAGGGAGUUGCUGGAGCAGCGGGCCGAUGUUGCUAUCGCGGACCUCACCAUUACUUAUGAUAGGGAGCAAGUGGUCGACUUCACAAUGCCAUUUAUGAACCUGGGUAUUUCGGUGCUCUACCGAAAGCCUAUAAAACAACCACCGAACCUGUUCUCAUUCCUGUCACCUUUAUCAUUGGAUGUAUGGAUCUAUAUGGCUACUGCGUAUCUGGGAGUAUCUGUGUUACUCUUCAUCCUUGCAAGGUUCAGUCCGUACGAGUGGGAUGGCCCCCGGAACUGCCUGGACGACCCGCCGCUCGUGGAGAAUCAGUUCACCUUGUUGAACUCGCUCUGGUUCACUAUCGGCUCUCUGAUGCAGCAAGGUUCGGAUAUCGCACCGAAAGCGGUAUCCACGCGAAUGGUGGCUGGUAUGUGGUGGUUUUUCACUCUGAUUAUGAUAUCGUCGUAUACUGCCAAUCUAGCGGCCUUCCUAACAGUGGAAAGAAUGGACUCGCCCAUUGAGAGUGCCGAGGACCUCGCUAAACAAACUAAGAUCAAGUAUGGGGCACUGAAGGGCGGAUCUACAGCAGCUUUUUUCAGGGAUUCAAACUUCUCGACAUAUCAGCGGAUGUGGUCGUUCAUGGAGUCAGCGCGGCCCACAGUCUUCACCAGCAGCAACAAAGAGGGGGAGGAGCGUGUGAUGCGGGGCAAGGGGGGGUACGCCUACCUGAUGGAGUCCACCACCAUCGAGUACGUUGUAGAGAGGAACUGUGAUCUCACUCAAGUGGGAGGAAUGCUCGACUCCAAGGGAUACGGGAUCGCUAUGCCGCCCAAUUCGCCAUAUCGCACGGCAAUAAGCGGGGCCGUACUAAAACUGCAGGAAGAAGGGAAAUUACACAUUCUCAAAACAAAAUGGUGGAAGGAAAAGCGCGGCGGCGGCUCGUGCCGAGACGAAACGUCAAAAUCGUCAUCGACGGCUAACGAGCUGGGCUUGGCCAAUGUUGGCGGCGUGUUCGUGGUGCUGAUGGGGGGCAUGGGGGUGGCCUGCGUGAUCGCCGUUUGCGAAUUCGUCUGGAAGUCUAGGAAGGUCGCCGUUGAUGAGCGGAAGGAAGAGGCGUCACUGUGCUCAGAAAUGGCGUCGGAGCUGCGUUCGGCACUAAAAUGCCCAAGUGGCACUGGUAGUGCCUCAAACGCCGGCGGCGCUCGCGACGGCGCCGGCUCCCCCUACCUGCACUAUGGGUUCAGUACUAAGAGCCAACUACACUAGCGCCCAACCUCAGCCUCCUCGCCACCGAGCGAUGUGUAGGCAGACUUGAGUGAAUGUGUGUGACAAUGUGGGUUAAGACAAUAUGCAUAGAUAAAUGAAAGUCGUCGCCUGCUACGGCUUUAGAUACCAUAGUCGUUUGGAACUUGAAAUGGGGCAGGAAAUAGUGGCAUGUUCUCAUUUCAAAAAUAAGUUGAUUCAUAACGGAGGAAGUUUAAUCGAAGCGAGCGUAGACUUCCAAAAUCUAUGACAAUAUGUACAUAAAUCAUAUCUUAUUGAGGUGAUUGUGAUCGUAAGUACGAGAUUUUUUUUAUCUUUCUGGUCCUACAAUAAACAAUUUAAAUAAAUAUUUUGUCUCAUUUCACGUGUACUCGAUCGCAAUCACCUUUAAAUAUACUAAGAUGUUAUUGUAAAGUGUACGAAAUAAAUUGUACAAUUGAUUUUUGGAAUUUAUAAUUAAUGACUAGAGAAAUGUUGCGAGUAGUUGAUGUUUAUAUUCCUCCUCGCGAGCCAAAGAAAUUAAACUUUUGUGCCAAAUUUUUCCUUCGCUGUAUAAAUUCUCCAUUGAGGUUAGGUAGCAACUAAUAUUUUUUGUAAAAAUACGUUUUUGACUUAGAAUAACAUUAGUAAUCGAUGUUUUAUACGUAUAAAUCUCAAUUAGAAUUGCAAAGACAUUUCAUAAAAUAAGUAAUAUGAAACAAAGUGCUAAAAUGUUUUAAUACUAAAUAUAAAA